GAGAGAAGGUGAAGUUGUUUCUCGCCACUCGUAGCAGACGGUCGAACACGCGUGUUUCGCUGCGCGGCGCACAUCUCGCGGCUGGUGCGUUUCCCUUCUCUUGCGCGACCCGUCGCGGUGAAGUCCCUGUGCUGUUCUAGAGUGCAUGGUGGUUAUCUACGCGUUCUGCUUGACCGAGUGUUGCAAUCGAUCAAUCAGAAUGUACAAAUAGAGCAGCCUUAUUGCUCAGUUCCUGCCAUAGAGUGCCUGCCGGUAGUAGUGAACCCACAGCAAAGUGACGACCGCUCGAGCGAUCUGUCAGUUUAAGACCAGCACAUUUAUCCACCCGAACGGCUGUUGUGAAGUCAAACGCUCCGGGAGUGUGUGUGUGUGUGUAUCAAUUUCAGUUAAUCUGCUCAACAACGACGGCACAUGUGCGUCAGGCUGGUUCGCGUGUCCCACGUCAAGCGCCGCGGGGUAAUUGUGAUAAGCGUCGCAUAAAUUAUUGCCCAUCAUCAUCGCUUGCUGAGGGCCAGUUUUUGGUGAAAAUUGCUCAGUAGCUGUGUUUACGCAAUCCUAUUGGAAGAGAGGCCACAGUGGGUGAGGAUAGUGUUUUAGUGCAGCCUCUUGCCUCGGAAACAAUGAACGGUAACGGACUUAGCAAUGGCCAUCAUCGGGCGGAAAGUGAGGAGAAUCUGCACAAACCGACGACUGAAAAUGGUGGCAAUCAUCAGCCACAUCCGGGUGUGCAGCCGGAAUGCGACGAACCGAACGUGGACCGGCUGAACUGCAUGGGACGGCUGUCGUACUACGUGUCGAUGGCGAUAGGGAAAUUUUUCUACCGGCUCGGUUACUGGAUAGCGAACAAUGCGUGGAAAACGAUCGGUCUGUGCUUCUUGCUGGUCGCCCUGUGCAGCGUGGGCUUCAUCCGGUUUCACAAAGAAAAGAGCCCCAUGAAGCUGUGGAUACCGGUGGGGUCGAAGUUUCAGCACGACACCAACUGGCUGAUAGAGCACUUUAAGGAAGGCAAUCGGAUCGAAACGGUUAUGAUCACUGCACCGGAUGUGCUGGUGCCGGAAGUUUUACAGACGAUUGCAACCAUCACGGAGGAAGUGGAAGGCUUCACGUUUCACAAUAGCGAGGGUCAACGAUUAGGCUGGACCGAUGUUUGCCACAAAGUACCUUUGAUAGCGGAGUACACGGCGGAUUUGUCGCGCCGAAAGCGCCACGCGCAAGACCUCGAGCAACCGUCGGUAACGACACGCCGCCCGAAGAAGAGCAAACCCUUCUUCACACCUGUUAUCGAUGUGCCCUCGUUUCUGUUCUGCCCGAUGGUGGAGCGGAUCGAGCUGGGCUGCUACGGUAGCAGCUUGCUGGAGCUGUGGAAGUAUAAUCGCACCACGAUUGCCGGCCUGUCGAAGGAGGAUAUUGUGGAUAAGCUGAACCGUACCACGAUCAGCCCGAUGACGGGGCACACGGUCGAGUUUGCCGAGCUGCUGGGUGACGUGAAGCGCGACUGGAGUGGCCGGAUCGUGUCGGCCGGUUCGCUCGUUACGCACUGGUUCGUGCACGUCAACUUCUCCGAGGUGGAUUCGGACGUGAGUGGCAAUGCGGCCGGUACGGAGGAUUGGGUCACCGAGAAUGCCAUGCUGUGGGAGGAACGGUUCCUGCAGAUUGUUACGAAAGCGAAGCGGGAUCUGUCGAACAAUGAGACCGGCAUCUACUAUGCGGCCGGAAGAAGUUACGGAGACAUUAGCGAGGAAUCAAUGUUCAAGGACAUGGAUAAGCUAAUCUACGGCGGUAUCGUUAUGUUUGUCUACAUGCAGCUCGUCUUAUCGAAGUUCAGUUGGACCGAGUUUAGGGUCAUUCUUGGAUCGGUGGGACUGAUGAGCGUCGGAAUGGGCUUCGUCGCCGGCUGUGGCAUUAUGGCAGCGCUUGGCGUGUCCUACGGCCCGGUACACACCUCGCUGCCCUUCCUGCUGAUGGGGCUCGGCGUAGACGACAUGUUCGUCAUGAUGGCCUGCUAUCGGAAGGUGCGGAAAGCCAAUCCCGACCUGCAGCUGGCCGAACGGAUGGGGCUGAUGCUGCAGCAUGCUGGCGCAUCCAUUACGGUCACAUCGCUCACCGACAUUGUGGCAUUCAUCGUCGGCUCCAUCACGGUCAUCCCUUCGCUACAGUCGUUCUGCAUCUACGCGGCGGCCGGCGUGUUCAUGAUGUUCGUGUUCGUUAUCACCUUCUUCGUCGCCAUAUUUACGCUGGAUGAGCUGCGCAUUGCCAGCCGGCGCAACUCGUUCCUGCUGUGGGUGGUGCACGACGAAAAGUCGACCUCGCUCUGGUGCGAGUACAAUCUGAUGCACCGGUUCAUCAACGCGCUCUACUCAAAGUUCCUGCUGACGACGGUGGGCAAGGUGCUGGUCAUACUGGCCGUCGUCCUGAUGACCGGCGUCAACGUGCACAAUCUGCUGAAGCUGCGGCAAAAGUUUGACCCCAACUGGUUCAUCCCGGAGGAAACGUACUACAACCAGUUCGUGGUGAAAACGCACGAACACUACCCAAACGCCGGGUACGAGGCGAUGCUCCUGUUCGGCCAUCUCAACUACACGGCCGAGCUGCCCAAUCUGAUCGGCAUUACGCACCGGUUGGAGAAUCGCACCGACAUACUGCACAGCUUCAGCUCGUGGGUGACUGCGUUCCAGGACUUUGUGCACACGCACUACGACAAGGACAUUGCGGUGGAUGCGCUGAGCGAGGCCGACUUCCGCAAGUACCUGAGCAAGUUCCUGUUCAGCUACGAGGGCGGCCGCUACCAGAUGAACAUCAAGUUCGCCACCAAGCUGAAGUGCGGCCAGCCCGCACCCAACAUCACCGUCACGACGAUGGACUUCAAGUUUCGGCCGUUCAAGGAGCGGGAAGAGUACCUGCCGGCCAAGUACGCGGUGGAGGACGUGCUGGCGAGCAGCAACAUCAGCACGGGCGAUCACUACCGCACCCUGUGGGCGAAGAUAUUCGGCAACUGGGUGACGGACGAGAUCAUCGACACGGAAAUCUAUCGCAACAUUUCGCUCGCCCUGAUCGGUGUCAUGUUCUGCUCGGUGGUGCUGAUCGUCAAUCUGCAAAUCUGUUUCUGGAUAUUCGUUUGUGUGCUACUUACGCUCGUCAACGUUGGCGGGCUGAUGCAGGUCUGGGGGCUGACGCUCGAUCUCGUGUCCUGCAUUGCGCUGCAGCUUGCCGUCGGGCUGUGCGUUGACUAUGCGGCCCACAUUGGCCACACGUUCCUCACGAUCAACAAGGGCGAUCGGAAUCGGCGCAGUCUUGAGACGGUGCUACACAUCGGGGCGGCCGUUUUCUACGGCGGCGGAUCCACGAUACUGUCCCUCUCGAUACUGUCCGGCUCGCAGGCGUAUACUUACAGGACGUUUUUCAAAAUAUUCCUUCUCGUGAUUGCGUACGGACUGUUCCACGGCACGAUACUGCUGCCAGUCAUACUGAGCCUGAUCGGGCCGGCCCCGUACAGCGGAUCGCUGAACAGUCUAAACACGAUCAACAACAAUCCCAGUCCAACGAAGAAAGUGUGCCGCGAGGGCACGGAAAUGAUUUCCUUCAUUGGCAAGGAAAAGUAUACCCCGAACGGUACGGAACUGUAGGGAUGUGUCGGCGAGGGAAGCGGAAUUUAAAGCACACACGCACUUACACCGUCCGUGGAAGAGGGCUGGAGAAGUAAGAUCAACGCGCGCAGACAUUAGGAAUAAGAGAGAGAGCGCGAGAGAGAGAGAGAGAGAGAGAUAGAAAGAGAGAGAGAGAGAGAGAGAGAGAGAAAGCUUAGCAGCAGUAGUGUUUAAGUGUCCCCUGCCUCAAGCACAAUAUUGCCUGAUAAUUUUAAUUGUGAUCGAUCAUGUUCUCUUUCCUUACGCAUGAUUUUUAAGAAGUAUUUUUUUUACUACAAUUUGUACAUAUAAUUGAUAAGCAAUAGAAAGAAGUUAAGGACGAGUAGAGAGAGAGAGAGAGAAUCGAAACGAUUUAAAACAAAAUGUAAUAUUGUGGGAAAUAAAAAGCGGUUACACAUAGCAGAUGCAUUUCUAUUACUA